AUGGCCGGUGGUGCAGCUAAAUACCGUCACCUCAGCCGCAAGUCGUCGCAUCGGCAGGCGUUGCUCAGAAAUCUUGUCACAUCGCUCUUCAAGCACGAGUCCAUCACAACAACCUGGCCCAAGGCCAAGGAGGCUCAACGGUUGGCCGAGAAGUUAAUAACCCUGGGCAAGAAGAAUACAGAGGCUAGUCGGAGAAGGGCAUUAUCUGUGUUCUACACUCCCCAUGAUCUCCUCCCAAAGCUGUUUGGACCCCUCCGCGAGCGCUACGCCGAACGUCCCGGUGGUUACACACGAGUUCUCCGCGUCGAGCCCAAGAAGGAUGACCAAGCGCCCAGCGCGAUUCUGGAACUCGUCGACGGACCGAAGGAUAUGCGGUUUGCCCUGACAGCCCGCACUGUGGCGAGACAGCGCUCACAGGGUUUCGAGACCUUCAACGAGCUGACGACGCUCAACGUCCAGAAGGUGACACGGUUCCGGAAAGACGGAGUUGAGGAGCUCGAGCGAGCGAUCAAGCGGCUAGAGAUUGAGAAUAAGGCUGGAUCCUCGUCAGGAAAGGGAGAAAAGCAGGCGAAGGAAGUCAAGCAAACGAAAGAGGUGAAGGAAGAGAAGGCAAAGCAAUAG